AUGAGUUCAAUAGAAAAGUUCUUGAACCAGCAACCUUUGAUCGUCCACUCCUCGCUAGCACAACUUCGGUAUCUGGUACUUAGCGAGGGUAUCCCAAUCGCGAAAGACAAACCAGCAGCGCGACUGAGAAGUAACGUAUGGUCGGUAUUAGCACGUUCAUCUAUGGACGGUGCCACCUCCGAUUACGUCUCCCUGGUACGGCGGGGCCCACCUCCACAUUCCGUGUACUCCAAAAUCAAAAAUGACACCUUCCGGACGCUGAAUACCGAUCCACAGUUCGUAGCUUGCGUCUCAGAAGACGCAAUUACAAGGUGCCUCUCUUGCUUCGCGUGGUCCGUUAUUGACAACCCAGAAGAGGAUUUUGAACUAAGUACUUACGUGCAGGGCAUGAACGUUCUGCUAGCUCCCAUAUUGUACACUUGUCCGUCAGAGCCCAUGGCGUUUAAGCUGUUCCAGUCUCUGUGCCACGACCACAUCAGAACCUACUUAAAUCAAAGUCUUACAGGAGUGCACAACGGUGCCAAGCUUCUAGAUAUGUGUCUCAAGGUUAUAGACCCAAAACUCAGCAAGUUUUUGGCGGAUAAUCUUUUAACUGCAGAGAUUUACGGGAUUCCAUCAAUACUUACGCUCUCCAGCUGUACAAAGCCCUUAGACCAGGUGUGCAAACUCUGGGAUUUCAUGUUUGCGUACGGAUUUCAUAUGAACAUUCUAUUUAUUGUCGCGCAACUGGUGGUCAUACGGGGUCGCAUUUUGAAAAGCAACUCUCCCAUGAAUUUGCUGCGUGUUUUUCCCGAGUUUGAUGCCGAAGAGAUCAUACGACUAGGCGUUGGUUUUGUUGCCAAGCUACCGACCCAAAUGUAUGACUUGCUAGUACGACAUCUCGAAGAUCCGGAUUUGAUAGUUGAUUGA